AUGCAAACCCCGCAGAACCUCAAAGACCUGCAAGACUGGGACGCCAACCUAGUCCAGCUUAUAGACGACAUGACCCAAGCUCUCGCUUACGUCCAAGACCUGCGGGCGAUGGAAUCGACGGCCCAUCUCAAGCAGACUCUGAUCGAAUUCGACCACUCGGUCCAAGACUGUGCGGCUCUCAUCGCAGAUCAGGCCAAAACCGGCUGGAAGGACGCGCUGACCGGCGCACAUGUGACAGCGAUGCAGGCUCUGUGCCGUCGCUUUGAGCGCUGGCGUGUUCAGUUUCACGUCAGUCUGCAGGUCGACAUACGGUCCACGUUGAACGACAUCACCGAACAACAAAAGAAGUUCUUCGAGAGGGAGCGCUGGAAGAUUCUCGACAUGAUCCGGCCCCCGGAAGGCACAGACGAGUGCCUCGUCUCCGGAUGCAUGGCAGGCACGCGCGAAGGUGUGCUCGCCCGCGUCGACGCCUGGGCCCGGCGCACCGACGAGAAGAACAUCCUCUGGAUCACGGGCCACCCCGGCUCCGGCAAGAGCUGCGUCGCGCGCUCCGUCGCCGACCGGCUCGACGCAGAUCACUCUGGAGCGGCCGGCUGCUUCUUCUUCUCCCGUGGGACUAGCUGCAAUCCCAUCACGUGAUGGGAUUGCAGCUAGUCCCACGGGAGAAGAAGAAGCAGCCGGCCGCUCCAGAGUGAUCUGCGUCGAGCCGGUCGGCGACGGAGCGCGCGACGCAGCUCUUGCCGGAGCCGGGGUGGCCCGUGAUCCAGAGGAUGUUCUUCUCGUCGGUGCGCCGGGCCCAGGCGUCGACGCGGGCGAGCACACCUUCGCGCGUGCCUGCCAUGCAUCCGGAGACGAGGCACUCGUCUGUGCCUUCCGGGGGCCGGAUCAUGUCGAGAAUC